CUGGGGGGCGGGGGCCGUUUCCAUAGCGGCGGCAGGAGGUGUCGCGCCGGGGAACUUCCUGGUUCCCGGGCUCGGCCGCGCUGGGAUCCUCUUGGAAGGGAAACAAUGGGGCGGAGGGCACUGCAGUAGCCGCUGCCGCGCCGGACCUGCUCGGCCGCCUGGGACCGUCAGCCUGCCUGCCGCCCGCAGCCUCCGCCGCCGGGACCGUCCUGAGAAAUAGGACAUGUAUUCCUCUGAGAAAACUUGGACAGCAGAUUUUCAUUUAAUAUCUUGUUGGAACAAUAUACAGAGACAUUUCCAGUCAUGAAAGAGAGAAUUUCCCAGGAGCUAGAAAAAUGUCAAGAUAAAGACAAUUCAGACCAGGAUGUAGCACUCAAGCUUGCCAAAGAACGAGCUGAAAUCGUUGCUAAAUAUGACAGAGGACGAGAAGGUGCAGAGAUUGAACCCUGGGAAGAUGCUGAUUAUCUUGUUUACAAAGUCACGGAUAGAUUUGGCUUUUUGCAGAACAUGAAUGAGGAGGAACUCCCAUAUCAUAAUGCAGCUAUGGAACGGCAAAAGCACCUGGAAAUUGAAAGAACUACCAAAUGGCUGAAAAUGCUAAAAGGUUGGGAAAAAUACAAAAAUACUGAAAAGUUUCACAGAAGAAUUUACAAAGGAAUUCCCCUCCAACUGCGAGGUGAAGUCUGGGCUCUCCUUCUUGAGAUUCCUAAAAUGAAAGAAGAAACACGAGACCUUUAUAGUAAAUUAAAACACAGAGCACGAGGCUGUUCACCUGAUAUCAGACAAAUAGACCUUGAUGUCAACCGUACAUUUAGGGACCAUAUUAUGUUUAGAGACAGAUACGGUGUUAAGCAACAAUCUUUAUUCCAUGUUCUUGCUGCAUAUUCUAUUUAUAAUACGGAGGUUGGGUACUGUCAGGGAAUGAGCCAGAUUACAGCUCUGCUGCUCAUGUACAUGAACGAGGAAGAUGCUUUCUGGGCUCUCGUCAAACUCUUCUCAGGACCCAAACAUGCCAUGCAUGGCUUUUUUGUCCAAGGUUUUCCUAAACUCUUGAGGUAUCAAGAACAUCAUGAAAAAAUACUGAAUAAAUUUCUGUCUAAGCUUAAGCAGCAUUUGGACUCUCAAGAAAUCUACACAAGUUUUUAUACAAUGAAGUGGUUUUUUCAGUGUUUCCUUGAUCGAACUCCCUUUACACUAAACCUCAGAAUAUGGGAUAUCUACAUCUUUGAAGGAGAACGAGUUCUUACUGCUAUGUCUUACACAAUCUUAAAAUUACACAAAAAACAUCUAAUGAAGUUGUCUAUGGAAGAACUUGUAGAAUUUCUUCAGGAGACUCUAUCAAAAGACUUUUUCUUUGAAGAUGAUUUUGUAAUAGAACAACUUCAGAUUUCUAUGGCAGAACUAAAGAGGGCCAAGUUAGACCUCCCAGAACCUGGUAAAGAAGAUGAGUAUCCAAAGAAACCUUUGGGGCAGCUUCCACCUGAAUUUCACCCUUAUGCGAUUAAUCACAUGAGCAAUGGACAAAGAAAUGCUGGCAGGCCCAGUCCCCACAUGAACAGCAGAAGAGAAAGUGGCUCCUCACCUCACAAAAGACAUGAGCAGUCCCCGCGCCAUCUGAGUAAAACUGGUACCCCAGAACGAGUGAGGCAACUCAGGCGGAAAUCAGUGGAUGAAGAUAGUAAGAAUCUUAAAGAUGAGGAGAAUUUUCAAAGAAAACUUACAUCAGGUCCACAAGAUAGUUCCAGGCCCUAUAAUCACGCAGCUGCUAACCAAAAUAGCAAUGCUACUUCAAACAUCAGAAAGGAAUUUGUGCCCAAAUGGAACAAACCAUCAGAUAUUUCAGCUGUUGAACGAACUGCCAGAUACGUCAUUGAGGGCAAAAGCAGAUCGGUGCACCCCACACUCACAGCCACUGUUCCAAGCUCUGCAGAUGCUCGGUUAGCAAAUGCAAGGCAGAAGAUGCAGGUUUGGGAUGGUGAUGACGGGAAGCGGGGCUCUAAUGCAUCACAGUAUGACAACGUGCCUGGGAGUGAAAAUGAAAAUGGAGCUUCUGUGGAAGAGGCACUGGAGAGGGCUUAUUCUCAGAGUCCAAGGAAUGUCAUUUCCUCUAACAGCCCGAGAAAGCACACUGAGCCAGGUUCCAGUCCACCAAAAGGGUCCAAGUUUACUUUUAAAAUACAGCCACCAAGCUAUGGAAAAUACCCAUCUCAUUUAGAAGGGGAGGAUCAAGGGACCAUCCAACCUCCAUCCUAUAGCAGUCCCCCUGUUUACCACGGAAGUUCUCCAAAACACAUCCCCACCCCUAACAGCUUUGUGUGUCCACAGAUUAGUCCUGGAAUGCAAAUGAAUCCUUCCAGGAGACCUUAUGGCUCUACUCUUUCAGUUGACAUUUCUCCAGAGAAAUCGUAUAGCCGCCCAACCCCUCUUGUACUACCAUCUAGUCGAAUAGAAGUCCUUCCUGUUGAUAUUGGUGCUGGGGGAUACUCGGGCAAUUCAGGGUCACCAAAGAAUGGUAAAUUCAUCAUUCCUCCAGUAGAUUAUUUGCCAGAUAACAAAACGUGGUCAGAAGUUGGUUAUACAUACAGACCGGAGAUGCAUGGACAAUCAUGGACUCGAGAUACUAACCGUAGCCACUUAAGCAAUUUACCAAAAUAUUCAGCCUUUCAACACGUGCCCUUUCAGGACCAUAACCUCCCAGCAGUUUCAGUGGAUAGCCCAGUGCGAUACAAAACUUCAUCCGCUAUAGAAGACGCCAGUCCAGCUGGGUAUCAGUAUACAGGGCCCCCGCCGCCAUCAUACCACUAUAGAAAUCGGGAGGGGCUCUCUGUUCAAGAGUCAGUAUUGCUGUGAGAAUUUAUCCUUACUAAGGACAAGAGAAUAGAAACCAUAUAAAACCUACAUUGCUAUGUUUUAAUUGCCAAAGCAGUAUUUUAUAUUAUUGUAAACAACUCGCACAAGUCUGAUGUACAUUAGUAAUAAUAUAUAGAAAUGUUUUCAUCCCCAUGUAGAUGCUGCUUGUGAUGAGCAUUUGAAAUUGCAUCAUCACUGAACCUUUUAAGAAUUUAACCUGGAAACAUAGCAAUAGCAUUUAGGGAUGCACACGUUACGCAGUUUCAUUUAUACUUUAAAACCUGAACAUUUUUACUCUGUUGGCCCAUUCUAUUUUGACUUAAUGUUAUAAAGCACUGAAAAACUGUCAGACAUAUUUUUAAGGCUCUAUGUAGUGUAUGUGUCUUUUAAUGGGUAUUAUUAUCUAUGCAUACACAUUUGAGCACAGAAUUGAAAUUAUUUUAAAAACCUUAUUUUCAGUCUACAUCCAUGAAAUGUUACUCUUUGCGGUGCAGAUUUUUCCUCUUCAUAUUUUUAACCCUAAACCUAACCUGAUUAAAAAUUUGCUCUGGCUUUAUUAAUACAUCUCACCAAAUACCCCUCAUUCUUCUUCAGCUGUUGCCAUUUUCUUCAAUCUGAAAAUUAAAGACAUUGGAGAGAAAAGCUCACCACUCAAUGGUGCUUAAAAAUCGAGGCAGUGAAGCCAAAGGGGCAGGGCUUACUGCGUAUGUUCCCAGAUCAGUGCUAGUGCUUCCGAGAAGCCAGGAAUGGGCUGCCACAUGGCAGGCCGGAGGGGUUCUGCAGGACAAGCUGCAGUCCUCUGCACCGCACUGGAGCCCAGAGGGCUGUGUCCAGUGGGUGCAGUCGGCCCCUCCUCACCUGCCCCUUCAUGCUGUCAGAGCCGCUCCUCCAGGGGCCAGGGUAGUUGUUACAUCACCUGUGUCUGACACGCUUUAAAAAUGUAGUCAAUAUUGCUGCUCAUACUAAGCCUUUACAUUAUUUAUCCAUGUUAAAAAUUGUAAAAAAAAAAAAAAAACCCUGUGAAUAGUAGUGUAGAAUUUUGAUCCGUUUUUAAAAUACAGUGUGACUUUUAUGCUUUCAAGAAUUUUUUUUUCUUUUUUUUAGUGAAAAACAAAAUUCAGGUUUAUGGUAAAAAGAUCAGUGAUGUCUUUCAAAUAUUCUGUUACACUACAGUUACCAAACACUGGCGAAGGUUUGGGCACUCCAGUAAAGGCCUUUGUGUUGAAGUGGAGUGCUUGUUUUCAGCAUUACUUUGUUCAUAUUUGCAUAACAGAAAGUAGAUGACCUAACAUUGAUGGUUCUUCCUGUUGCAAGUUGGGGCUGUAAGCUUCUGAGGUACAAAAGUAUGCAUUAAAAUGAAGGUAACAUUUGUUUAGUUAGUGAAUGUGAGAAUUUUUAUGUAUAUAGUUUACUGUAAUUGUAGUCAACUUCUAAUGAUGUUAUUAAUGACAAAACAAAUGCAGUGUAUUAAAGCUAACCACUACACUGAAACCCAAAAUGCUGAUAAAAUAACUGGGCUCUUGAUUUAGAUCAUGUGGAAACUAAGAAAUAAAUGUAUAUAAAAAUUAGCAGAUUAUAUUAAGUCCAGUCUUUAAACUAUGUUUCUGUGACUUGUAAUAAACCAAGCUGUACAAUUUAGUUUAUGAUAGUAACAUCUGAGCUGCUUCAAAAUAUAUAUCAACAGUGGUAAAUACUGUAGAUUUAUAUGUAUAUAUAUGUGCACAAAAUAGUAUAUAUAUAUACACACAUACUAUUUUCUUAUGUCAUCUAUGACUUUUUUACUUGUAUGCUUUUUUUUGAUGUGAUUUUUUUAACAUGCUAAAAGUAAUGUUUUGUCUUUUGUGUGCAUUAUUUUAAUAUGGCGAAAGUGCUGUAUCUCUGAUGCUUCUAAGGUUAAUUCUCUUUUAAUUGAGUAAAUGUUGCCCGGUGUUCACCCAUAGUGCUUUACAUGUGUUACCGUUCUAUGUUGUAUGCUUUAUUAAUUUGUAGUAAGACUGUACUUAGAACUAUAGAUCACCUUUUCUUUAUUUAAGGACAUUAAUGGCAAUAAGUUUUUUUCAUUUUAAAAUG